CUUAAUACAGGGUCGAAGUAUAUGAUUUCUGGGUCUUGAAUAUCAGCAUCUGGGUCUUAUUUUAUUUGGUUUUUUUAACCUUUUUUAGGCUAUACGAGUUGGUUUUUGUGUUAAAUUUUUUAUUUUUAUUUUUACUAAAUAGAAAAGGUAGGGGUUUUUAUUGUAGUAUUAGAAGAUGCAACAUAUUAGGAGAUGCAGCGGUUUUUUGAGAUCUCAAAAUGGGCUGCCUUUAUUUUUGGAGAGAAAGAUUGUUAAGGGAGUAUCUGAUGUGGGUUUGGCGUCCUUUUCAACAUCCAUGGCUGCACAAAGAAGUGCACUUGGUAAUUCAGCCACUAGGCUGCCAAAGUCAGAUUAUGUGAGACAUUUUGCUUCCAAUGCCAACCAUUUGACUAAGGACAUACUUCGGGGUAAUGGUAUCCCUGCUAUGUAUGGAGGUAAAUCUAACAGAGAAUGCCUGGUUAGCCUUAGGUCACCCUUUCAAAUCAUGGAAAACCAUGGAGGAAGCACCAUUAAUAUUUGUGUUGCUAGAUCCUUUGCAUCGAAAGCUUCGAAGAAAGAGACACGAAAUCAAUCUGAGACCAGAAAAGAUUUAUCUACUGUCGAGGAUCCUUUUGAUGCUCCAACAUACAAUAUCCCAGAGAAGCCUGUGACGUUUACAGAGGGUGCUUCCUACAGCAUUAUAAUUCUUGCAGGACUUGGUGUUGCUGCUGCUGCAGCUUAUGCUGUUUUCAAGGAGCUGAUAUUUGAACCAAAAGAAUACAAGAUUUUUAACAAGGCUCUGAAAAGGAUUCAAGAUGACAGUCAGGUCAGGGUGAGGAUUGGAUCCCCUAUUACAGGUUAUGGUCAGGAAAGUAGAAAUCGUGCUGCUCGCCAACGUAUUCCCAAUAGGAUCUUUACUGAUGAAGAUGGUGUGGAGCAUGUCCAGAUUAAUUUCUAUAUUCGUGGGCCGCAUGGUGCUGGGAAGGUUUCUGCUGAGAUGUUCAAAGACAAAGUGGACAAGCAGUGGAAGUAUACAUACUUAAUUGUCGAGACCAUGCAACCUUCACGAUCACAGUUGAUUCUGGAGUCUUAUAUGCCUGCGCCAGUGGUUGCGUAAAACAUGUACACAAGCGUUCCAUAGCUUAGAUAUGGUUUCUUUUUGUAUCAAUUUGAUCUGGAGCUGGGGUUGCUAGCUCUCGUCAAUAGAUAUGAAUAAUUUGUAUACGUUCUCGUGAGAUUGAUCCUUAGUUUUCUUGAGAGUUCCAGUUUUGUCCUUCUGAGCUGAUAAAUUUUUUGUUCACUGAGAGAGCAAAGAUCCUGAAAUGUGAUUGGUUGGUCAUUGAAUUAAACAAUUUUGUUGGUGAUUAA